AUGGGACUAGGUCCUCCCAUCCAGGACAGAAGUCAUACAGGGGAGAAGCCAUUUUCUUGUUUAAAAUGUGGGAAAUGUUUUACUGAUAAAUCAACUCUUGUUAUACAUGAGAGAAGUCACACAGGGGAGAAGCCAUUUUCUUGUUUAGAAUGUGGGAAAUCAUUUUCACAGACAUCAGAUCUUGUUACACAUAAGAGGAUUCACACAGGGAAGAAUCUAUUUUCUUGUUUAGAAUGUAGGAAAUCUUAUACAAAGAAAUCACAACUUGUUAUACAUGAGAGAAUUCACACAGGGGAGAAGCCAUUUUCUUGUUUAGAAUGUGGGAAAUGUUUUACUGAUAAAUCAAAUCUAGUUGCACAUCAGAGAAUUCACACAGGGGAGAAGCCAUUUUUUUGUUUAGAAUGUGGGAAAUCUUUUGCACAGAAAUCAGAUCUUGUUAUACAUAACAGAAUUCACACAGGGGAGAAUCCAUUUUCUUGUUUAGAAUGUAGGAAAUCUUAUACAAAGAAAUCACAACUUGUUAGACAUGAGAGAAUUCACACAGGGGAGAAGCCAUUUUCUUGUUUAGAAUGUGGGAAAUCUUUUGCACAGAAAUCAGAACUUGUUAUACAUGAGAGAAAUCACACAGGGGAAAAGCCAUUUUCUUGUUUACAGUGUGGGAAAUCUUAUACAAAGAAAUCACAUCUUGUUAGACAUGAGAGAAGUCACACACGGGAGAAGCCAUUUUCUUGUUUACAAUUUGGGAAAUCUUUCAUACAGAAAUCAAAUCUUGUUAAACAUCAGAGAAUUCACACUGGAAAGAAGCGAUUUUAACCUCUUCAGGACACAGGGCGUUCAGGGAAGCCCUUGUGUCCUGGU